AUGGCGGCCCUCCAGCAGUUCUCCAGAUUGUACACGGACCCCGUGCAGCUCGGGAAAGACAUCUCUGACAGCACCAAGCUCAGGGAUGGCUUUGGGCUCUGCAGGAUUCCAGAGAACCUGAUAAAGGCGCUGCUCAAGACACACGUCAAGGAAGUAGCAACGUGGGGGUGGAUGACUUUUGGGCUGGGCAUUCUCUUGGAGACCAAGCAGAUCCCCCAUAUCAUUGGCUCCGAUGCAGGGGAGAACUUGCUGUGCGAGCACCCAGUACCUGUCGCGCUGAGGCUGGAGCUACCUUCCCAGGGCUCCCUGAGGGAGUGCAUCCACCGGGGAGGGGGUGCGGGAGGCAGGGCCCUGUUCUAUAGGCCCACAGCCUACAGGACCCUGGUGCAGGAGGGAGGCGCCCCCAUCAGGUUCUCAGGAGGCCACAUGGCCUUCAAGAGCCAGUGUGGAGAGGUGAGGGACUUUCUCGGGGAUCUCCAUCUUCCGGCUGCCAUCUCAGCCACGUUUGCUUUGGUGAAAGGGUGGAAGGCCCACCACGGAGGAAACGUUAUCUUCAGAAGAAGCGCCAGGAGUUCCAACGUGCCCACGAGCAAAGCUGCAGAAACCUCCGUGGUGGGGACGGAUGAAGCUGCGGGUGUGGGCAUGUCUGCCCCGGAAGACGUCCAGGUUCCUAACACUGAUGCGACCGUCAUCUGGAGGGAAAAAUAUGAGAAAUGAAUUGAGCAUCUCAUGGUGCAGACAGAGGAAGGAAAAGCCAAGUGUGUGGGUGACCCCCGGGCCCGGAUCAUCACACGAGCAGCUCUUGAACACGAGGAUGGCAUGUGCGCCACCUGCGGCGUAAGAAUCCCGCUCCUGCCCAGCAACUACAUCAGCCCGGAGGUAACUGUUCAUCUUCACCGUGAAAAUGGGAUCCUGGGCUUGGGUCCGUUUCCGUUAAAAGAGGAGGCAGAUGCAGAUCUCAUCACUGCGGGUAAGCAGACGGUCACCAUUUCCCCCGGGGGCUGUUUUUUCUUGUGCGAAGACUCGUCUGCAGUAAUUCGGGGACACCUCCACCUCGCUGUGCUGGGAGCCGUGCACGUUUCCUGUCUGGUGACGGCUAACCGGGUCACCCCCGGAAAGAAGGGGAGCAGCCUGGAGGGAGCCGUGGAUUUGGUGUCCAGCGCCAAGGCCAGAACGGUGGUCACCAUGCAAUGCCACACCAAGGACAAGGAGCCCCACGUCUUGGAGAAAUGCACCGUGCCGCUGAGAGGGCGCUGUGCGGACCGAACCAUCCCCAAGAAGGCUGUGUUCCAGGUGCACGGGAAGAAAGGCCCCCCGCGGAUUGAGGUCUGGGAUGGCCUGAUGGUGGACGACGUCAAAAAGAGCUCGGAGCCCUUCGCCCUGUCCUCGAACCUCAGACCCAUGCAGCAGGUGGCAGCCUGA